AUGGCUGCUUAUAGCAAUUGCUCAAUCCUCUUCGCGAUCAUAGCAUUAUUGUUCUUAUCAAGCAUCACCACAAGUCACGGUGCUCGUAGCCUACUGCAACUUCCCAACUUGCCUACGAUCCCCUCGUUGCCUAAACCAACACUACCACAAUUGCCUAAUAUUCCCAAUUUCCCUGCAGCAUUGCCACCAUUGCCAACACUUCCAACAGCAACACCAUUACCAUCUUUGCCAACAUUGCCCUCUGUUCCGAAAAUGACUCUGCCACCAAUGCCUUCACUUCCCAACAUGCCUGCAAUUCCAACACUUUCACCUCCUCCAUCCAACUAA